CAAAACUGAAGCGAAGUCGGUUAAAAAUCGUACAACAAGAGGACAACUUUGGCCUAAAUCGUGCGAUGAACAAGACGUGUCGUACAACACCAUCCGUAUAGUAAUGAGUUUUGUAAACAGAGUAGAGGACAACGUCUUUUAGCACAAUUACUACUUUCUGUAUCAGUCGCUUUCAUCACAAACCAUAUCCAGGAGUGUAUUUUUUACACCCCCUUCCUUGUCGUACGAGGUAAGUGCUGUAUCACCCCGAAAGAGUACACAUCGGAUCCGAGAAUCGAAAAUAUCUGUUGUUCCAUAAAUUCGGGUACUACUAUUGUAGUGCACUGAGUAUACCCUUGUCAUCCCCUACCUCAUCUUUAGAUCAAAAAACGCAUCAAAAUGGGCGAGCCAGCACUUCCGCCAGGCCAAAAGUGGUACACCAUGGAGGAGGUACAGUGUACGUUUUAGGUGAAGAUUUAUCUUCUCCUAAUUUUGCAUUUUUUUUUGGUAGGCCACUAUGCUCGUGCAUGAAAGGCAAUGUUCCGUCAAUUUCUUCAAACAUCAGCAUACAAAAAAUUUCUCAGGUUGCCCCCCACAACAAGGAGACUGACGCGUGGGUGGUGAUUAAGGGCAACGUCGUCAACGUGACCCACUUCCUGAAGGUCCAUCCGGGCGGCAAGGACAUUCUGCUGGCGAACUCUGGAACCGAUCCGACUGCCAUGUUUGAAACCAUUCACCCGCCGGGCACGUUCGAGAAGCAUGGGAUUGACAAAGUCAUUGGUACGCAGAGGGUUGUUGUGGUCUGGUUUUUUUCAUCUGCGCAUAUUUUUUCGUUGCAAAAUGCAAGUGCGUUGUAAUUGCACCGGACAGAUCAAAUGUGAAGAUUACAGUUUGUUUCGACUUGUUCAGGAAGUCUGUUGACGUGAAGAUUCAAAAAAAUUGAAUCAGGCAAGAUCAAGGGGUGGACGCCGCCAGUAGUGGAAGAUAAGAAGGACGAGGCCAUUUGGAUCCGAAAUGACGUUGCUGGUGGUCCAAUCUGGUUCCUCAAGCAGUGCAUCAGGUAUUGCAUGACAUGCAGUUGAUCGAAUUCUACGUGUAAGUAGUUCUUCUGCGCAAGAACAAGCACGUUUGCGCUGCAGCGAAUCGCACGGCACCACAACCAUGAUGAAACCUCUUUAAAUUCUCAUAAGGUGCUCCGAAAGUUGCAACUUGUGUGGAAAACCAAAGUUAUUCUAGUUAAACUCUGACGGUCGUCAAUACCAUGUGAGACGCCACUCUGUAUCUGUGACGAACAUUUAGAUGAUCUGUGGUUGAAAGCGCUCAUCUCAUGAUUGCAGGUACAUAUGUGGCAUUGAGAAGGCAGAGCAGGAAUACUCAAAGAAGCUGAUGGCGACUUAUGGUCCCCGGGAGGUCCGCAUGGCGGCGCCAACUACCCAGGAAAUGGAGCGCAUUAAGAAGCGGGCGGAAAUGGUCGCCAAGCAGACGGGCGCGAAGCCGCCGAAGUGAGGACAAUGCAGGCUGGCAGAACGACUUACAUGCCCAGUAAGUAUUUUUCUAGUAGAGCGACUACGACAGGAUCAGGAUCUACUUACCUACGUACUAAAAGUAGAAGUGCUUUCGUUGUAUUGUAUGAACGACUACAACAACCCAGCAGUACUUUAAAACCAGUUUCUGUUUCAGUACUAGUAGCCCUAAUUUUUUCUGAUCUCCGGCUUCGUCUCCAGAGGCAGCCAAAUUUUAGCAGCAGGUUCGCUUUUUGAAGUAACAAAACGGCGCAGCUGCGUCGAUUACUAUGUGCUGCAGGGUACGAGUCGCGAAAUCGCGCCAGUUGGACAACUGAUAGCGUGGUGCCCAGUAGAAGAUCUUCGACUAAAUUACAACAGGCUGACUUGAUGCACAGAGAUUUGUGGACUCCAAAUGUAGAAGAUCUAGAUUUCGAAGCCUAAAUUUUCUAUUGGCAGCUGGUGCGACUGGAGGUUUGUAUCGAACAAAAUACCGUUUCCUAAUUUUCCGUCUAUCUUUGUCUCUCGUUUUUGCGUCGACUACACAAAACAUGAGUUUUUAAAUGUAGGCUAGGGGCAUCUGUUGCAGGAACUAGCACGAGAUAGGAUCGAAGCAAAUAGCAAACUGUUUUUGCUCCUUCACGUGUAGGAUCAUUAUUUUCAUUAUCUCCACGCGCACUAUCUAAGGUCAAGCGACCGCAUGUGACGUGGUGCGUAAUACACAAGAACUGAAGGUCAAGGUCUCGCGGAUACGGUGCCGAGAUGGCGACUUUUUCUUCCGUGAGCCCGUUUCACAAUACGGACUUGCCUGUUC